AUGGCGAGCCUCUCUGGGCGCCUCACUGGAUCAGAAGGGCAGAGGACACCCUGCUGGAUCUGGAGGAGUGGAAGUCAAUGGCGGGUCUGCGAGGGCGGCGUUCAGCGGUGGUGGACGGAGGGUGUUGAGCGGUGGUGGAGGACGGCCUUCAGCGGUGGUGGACGGACGGCCUUCAGCGGUGGUGGACGGAGGGUGUUGAGCGGUGGUGGACGGAGGGUGUUGAGCGGUGGUGGACGGACGGCCUUCAGCGGUGGUGGACGUGUCUUAGUCCAAAUUGCCAUCGUUUCUCAUCAGAAUUCCCAGUCUCACUCUUGUCACCAGGCUGGAGUGCAUUGGCGCGAUCUUGGCUCACUGCAACCUCUGCCUCCCGGGUUCAAGCGAUUCUCCUGCCUCAGCCUCCCGAGUAGCUGGAACUACAGGUGCUGGACAAAGAUCAGACCAGAUGUGAGGAAUGCUGAAAAUGAAAGUGACCGAGGAAGCACUCUGGAGAGCACCAGGGGAGUGGUGAAAACCCCACAGAGCAAUGAAAUCCAGGACAGCACCAUAGCAAGGGGAAUGAGGAAGCCUGCCUUUGCAACACCGUUUCCCCCAUGGGGAUCAGCUCAGAGUCAGGAGGAAAUUAAUCUUACAGUUAAAAGCUACCAUUUUUCAGGGAGCAGUUCAACUCCUCUACAGAAGAAUGACCUUGAACACGUGUCCUAUAACAGUUCUGCAAGCUAGGAAGACCAAGACCAUGGCCCUGGCAUCUAGGCAGGGAGCUUCAUGCUGUGUCAUCUCCUGGUGAAAGGCCGAAAGGCAAGAU